GCUAGACAUCUCAUCAAUGCCUUCAUGACGCCUUCAUGCCCGAUGGAGUCCAUCCGCUUGGAGCUGGAGAAGCUGGAGGAAGCGGACAAGAAAUCGAUGUCCUUUGAGAGCCCUUACUACAAGUUUCUGCAGCUGCGAGUGGGUGGUGAGGACCCCUCAGGAGGCGUUGAAUCCGACCUUCAACUUAAUGGAUUGGAUCCGAAAGAUGCCGGCCCUUUGCGCAAGGCUUGGUGGGCUUCGGUGCGCUGCGUCCUGGAUGGCUUGCCCAUUCCUUCCUCAGCACGUAUCCUUCUACUUGGAGACAGGCGCUUGGGAGGCCGAAGUGCGUAUUCCUUAGUCAUGGCUCUCGUGUGGACUGGAAAGGACUACGGCGUGUUGAAGUGCCGCUUGGACACUGCCUACUUGGAUUGCAGCAUUGUCUGUGGCGGUGGCAUCCACGAAAACGUGGUGAAAACGGCCUUGGGCGUCCUUCUCAAGAAAUCGAAGUCGAUAACUACCUUCAAGGCUUUCCUCGCAGCAUUCGAGAAUUCCGUGGACAAGAUGAUGAACCGUCGUGCCUGGAAGGAGGAGUGGGUUUACCCACCCAUCCCAGAUGACGAUGAGGAUGAUGAGGAUCGAAUCGACGACUACUUUCAAGACGAAGAAAUCCUGGAGAGUUACUUCCAUGCGUUUGAAAAGCCAGAUUUGGGCUCUUGGUGCUUUGGGAAGUGA